AUGUUUGCCUGUGGCACAUGUCAGAUAAAGGGUGUCAUUCACCAGUAUCCUUUUGUAGUUGCUGAACUUGGGAGCGGUGUGAUUUUACCUUGCUCUUAUUCAUUUGACAUGAUACACACUGUUUCAUGGUUUAAACAGACUGUUGUUGGAACUAACUUUUUCAAUAUGAGCAUCAUUAGCCUAAAGGAAAUUGAUUUUGUAAACUACUAUUGUGCUGUGACCUUCAUGAGCACAAUUGAGUUUGGAGAAGGGACGAUUUUGCUACACAAAGGUAAAGAUUCUGCCAGUGGGGCCACAGUUCUCCAGCAGCCAGUAUCUGACAGACUUCAUCCAGGAGAUUCAGUGACUCUGCAGUGUUCGGUCAUCAGUCAGAUCUGUGCAGGAGAAUACAGCGUCUACUGGUUCAGACAUUCAUCAGAACAUUCUCAUACAGGACUCAUUUACACCCGUGAUAACAGGAGUGAUCAGUGUACGGAGAGAUCAGAGAACGGCUUUUCUACCCAGAGCUGUGUCUAUAGUCUCUCUCAGACUGAACUCAGAUCAUCUGAUGCUGGGAUUUAUUACUGUGCUGUUGCCACAUGUGGGAAGAUACACUUUGGAAAUGGAACUAAUUUAAUUGUUGAAGCAUCUUUGACUUUUUGGAAUCCUGUUGUUUUAACCUUGUUCACAAUAAGCAUCAUUUCCAUUAUUGGGAACAUAUUUCUGAAUGAUUCAGUGAUGUGCUAA